AUGGUCAAAGAGACCAAGCUUUACGAUUCCUUGGGCAUUAGCCCCUCUGCGUCACAAGAUGAGAUCAAGAAAGCAUACCGCAAAUCGGCCCUGAAGUGGCAUCCCGACAAGAACAAGGACAACCCCAAUGCCUCUGAGAAGUUCAAAGAAUGCUCGCAAGCGUACGAAAUCCUGUCCGACCCCGAGAAGCGCAAGACAUACGACCAGUUCGGCCUGGAGUUCCUACUGCGGGGCGGCGCACCACCACCAGAUGGAGCAGAAGGCUUCGCAGGCGGAGCCGAGGGCUUCCCGGGCGGCUUCCCAGGCGGCUUCCCAGGCGGGAUGCCUGGUGGCGGCGGGGCGCGGACGUUCCGCUUCUCGACAGGCGGCGGGCCCGGCGGCGGAUUCCAGUUCUCCAACGCAGAGAACAUAUUCGCGGACUUUAUGCGUAACGCUGGCGGUGGUAUGGGCGGCAUGGGCGGCAUGGACGACGACGACGGCUUCGGCGGCUUUGGCGGCUUCGGCGGCAUGCCUGGCGGGUUCCCAAGCGGCGGUGCGGGCGGACGCCCCGGUGUGCGGAGGUCGACGACAAGUGGUGCUGGCAGAAGGGCGGCGACGCCGGAGGUGACGGUCGUGGAGAAGCCGCUGCCGGUUAGCUUGGAGGAGCUGUUCAAUGGCACGACGAAGAAGAUGAAGAUUAAGCGCAAGACGUACGACCAGUCGACGGGCAAGCAGAGCCUGCAAGACCGUAUUCUUGAGGUGCCCAUCAAGAAGGGCCUCAAGGCUGGCAGCAAGAUCAAGUUCUCAGAUGUCGGCGACCAGGUCGAAGGCGGCACGCAAGACCUGCACUUCGUCGUCGAAGAGAAAAAACACCCUCUCUUCUCGCGCGAAGGCGACGACAUCCGCGCCAGUGUCGAAAUCGACCUCAAAGAAGCCCUGACAGGCUGGAAACGUACCGUGCAGACGAUCGACGGCAAACAAGUUGGCGUCAGCUCGGCGGGCCCGACGGCCCCCACAUGGGAAGAGCGCUACCCCGGCCUCGGCAUGCCCAAGAGCAAGAAGCCCGGCGAGCGCGGCGACUUCGUCGUCGGCGUCAAGAUCCGGUUCCCCACAAGCUUGAGCGCCGACCAAAAGCAGAAGCUGAAGGAGGUUCUGUAG